AUGGAAUCCCCGGUUCAGAUCUUCCGCGGAGAGCCGGGCCCCACCUGCGCUCCGAGUGCCUGCCUACUCCCCAAUGGCAGCGCUUGGUUCCCGGACUGGGCCGAGCCGGACAGCAAAGAUAACGGCACUGCCAGCGCCGAGGACGCGCAGCUGGAGACCGCGCACAUCUCCCCUGCUAUCCCGGUCAUCAUCACCGCUGUCUACUCCGUGGUGUUUGUCGUGGGCUUGGUGGGCAACUCGCUGGUCAUGUUCGUGAUCAUCCGAUACACAAAAAUGAAGACUGCCACCAACAUUUACAUAUUUAACCUGGCUUUGGCAGAUGCUCUAGUUACUACAACCAUGCCCUUCCAGAGCACAGUCUACCUGAUGAAUUCCUGGCCAUUUGGAGAUGUGCUGUGCAAGAUAGUCAUUUCCAUCGACUACUACAACAUGUUCACCAGCAUCUUUACCUUGACCAUGAUGAGUGUAGACCGCUACAUCGCUGUGUGCCACCCUGUGAAGGCUUUGGACUUCCGCACGCCCUUGAAGGCCAAGAUGAUCAAUAUCUGCAUUUGGCUCCUGUCAUCCUCUGUUGGCAUAUCCGCGAUAGUCCUCGGAGGCACCAAAGUCAGGGAAGAUGUGGAUGUUAUCGAAUGCUCCUUGCAGUUCCCGGAUGAUGACUACUCCUGGUGGGACCUGUUCAUGAAGAUCUGCGUCUUUGUCUUUGCAUUUGUGAUCCCCGUGCUCAUCAUCAUCGUCUGCUACACCCUCAUGAUCCUGCGCCUGAAGAGUGUGCGGCUCCUUUCUGGCUCCCGAGAGAAGGAUCGUAACCUGCGCCGGAUCACCAGGCUUGUUCUGGUGGUGGUGGCAGUCUUUAUCAUCUGCUGGACCCCUAUCCACAUUUUCAUCCUUGUGGAGGCACUGGGCAGCACUUCCCACAGUACGGCUGCUCUCUCCAGCUACUACUUCUGCAUUGCGUUGGGCUACACCAACAGCAGCCUCAAUCCCAUCCUCUAUGCCUUUCUUGAUGAAAACUUCAAGCGGUGCUUCAGAGACUUCUGCUUCCCCAUUAAGAUGAGGAUGGAGCGACAGAGCACCAGCAGAGUCAGAAACACCAUCCAGGAUCCUGCUUACAUGAGGGAUGUUGAUGGGAUGAACAAACCAGUAUGA